AAGGUGUCUGGCCACGAAGUCCUUUUCCAGGUUAUCCCUGAUGCGGAUCGGGAGUACUUGCGUCGGCGGGGAAAAGAUGUGCGCCUCUUUGAUGGCGGUCCGGACUACGUCGUCCAAGGCACCUUUAUGCUGAUGGAGCAGUAUCGGCGGCAGGAGGAAGAGAUAGCUCGCCUUCGAGAGGCCGAGAAAAGGGUUGCCUCGGCGGACGAGGCGCUGACCUCUCUGGAGCGGCUUCGCGCUGAGGCCGAUUCCCUGAAAAACAGGGCCAAUGCGGCUAAAAAGAGAGCCACUGCCGCUGAGGACGAGGCGAAGCGCCUCAAUGUUAAGGUGGAUGAGGAGGCUGCUACUCGCCGGCUUGCUGAAGAAAAAAAUGAGAAGCUGAAGGCCGAUGCGAAUGCGGCUGCUGAUAAAGCCAUUGAACUCUUCAUGGCCGAGGGGUGGAAGGACGAGGCCCACCGUGACUGGAGCUAUAAGGUAAUAGCGGAGCGGUUUGAGGCCUGAUCGCAGGAAGAUCCGGCCGGCAGGGCCUAUAUGAAGCAGGAGUUCGAAGUCUGGUACGACCUCGGCCAGAGGCGUAUGCAGAUGUUGAUCUAUCGCUGUCUCCGCCGACGCAUCCGCAACAUCAAGUCGCGUCGUAUGGGCCUCCCUCGGAUCAUGAAGGAUCCCGAAGAAGAGCUAAAACUUCCACUGGCCAAGAGGCAACGCCCCGUAUUGAGCUCAUCAUUGGAGAAAGAGCUUUGGACUGAAGAAGACGAAUAUCUCUUCGAAGGUUCAGUGAGCUCGAAGGCUGUUGAGGAUGAAGCGGACGAUGCGGACAACGGGGCCGUUGAGGG